UGGCCGCCAAAACAAAGCCCAAAGUGUUUACAUGCUCUGAGCCUAAUUUAACUUAACUUGUUACAAUAAGAACUCGGUUGUUUAGGCUGUAAGGUGUAUAUAUAUAUAUAUAUUUUUUGUGCAGUAUGCCGGGUUUAAUAAUGAACCUGGUUUAUUUAUUUAUUCAUAAAGUGCGACAACGCUAAGUUAGUUUGCUAAAUCUCCAGGAAGCGUUAGCUUAGCCACAGGAGGUGCUAACCGAACCAGAACCAGAACCCUGAGCGCCUAAAGCCUUUCAUGAACCCGCCCUGCUAGUCAUAUCCGUGUCAGAUCCUAGUGCUUUUUUGUUUUUAAUGUUUUUUCCAGUUUCUCAAUGCUAGCUGACUGCAGAUCAGUAAGAGUGCAGAAAUGUCCAGUCCAAAGCAGAACCCGCAGGGACUAAGUGCAGCAGCUGGGAGUGUGGAGAAAGUGGAUCAGGUCAUGCAGCCGGUUCUGUUUGAAAUCUUUGGCGAGAUGUGGAAGGUCCAGGCUCGGUUAGGGCAGGGAGGUUCUGCCUCAGUGUACCGUGUGAGCUCAGCCAGGUCCAGCACUGCUGCUGUCAAAGAGUUUCUACUGGACGCACAGGGUGGAGAUUACGGCUAUCAGAAAGAACGAGUCGUGCUGGAGGACAUCCAGGGCCACAAGAAUAUCGUGACGCUGUAUGGCGUGUUCACCAAUCACAACGUGCUCGGCAUCGCGACCCGCUGCUUGUUGCUGGAGCUCCUGGACGUGAGUGUGUCAGAGCUGCUGGUGAGAAGCAGCAGCCAGGGCCACUCCAUGUGGCUGAUCCAACACUGUGCUCGCGAUGUCCUGGAGGCGCUGUGUUUCCUGCACCGCGAAGGAUACGUGCACGCUGACCUCAAGCCUCGCAACAUUCUCUGGAGCCCCGACGACGAGUGCUUCAAGCUGAUCGACUUCGGGCUGAGCUUUAAAGAGGGCCACCAGGACGUGAAGUACAUCCAGACAGACGGGUACCGAGCCCCUGAAGCUGAGCUGCAGAACUCUCUGGCUCAGAAAGGACUGGAGGCAGACAUGGGCUGUACCACUGCUGUGGAUCUGUGGAGUCUGGGCAUCGUUCUGCUGGAAAUGUUCUCAGGAAUCAAACUUAAAGAAACCGUCAAGUCUCAGGAAUGGAAGGACAACAGUGCUGCAAUAGUGGAUCACAUCUUUUCAAGCAAUUCUGUGGUCUACCCUGCCAUCCCUGUUUACCAUCUGAGAGAUCUUAUCAAAAGCAUGCUUUAUCACAACCCAAACUGCAGAAGCACAGCCGAAGCUGCACUGAUCAGCCCCUUCUUCAGUAUCCCUUUCGCUCCUCACAUUGACGACUUGGUCCUGUUGCCCACGCCCGUGCUCAGACUGCUCAACGUGAUCGACGACAGCCAUUUACACAACGAUGACGAAUAUGAGGAUAUUAUCGAGGACAUGAGAGAAGAAUGUCAGAAAUACGGAUCAGUCUUAUCGCUGUUGAUCCCGAAAGAAAAUCCCGGUAAAGGCCAGGUCUUUGUCGAGUACGCCAAUGCCGGCGACUCCAAAGAAGCCCAGAGGCUGCUGACAGGCCGCACUUUCGACGGAAAAUUCGUGGUGGCCACGUUCUACCCGCUGAGUGCCUAUAAGAGAGGUUAUCUGUAUCAGACCGUGCAGUAAGGGGGCGACACGUCCACUUACAUGUCUACACAAUCUGUUCCCAUAUGAGCAGUUCUUAGUUGUGAAGGUGACCUUUACUAUAUAAGUUACACGCCUCUGAGCUACAUACGCAUACAGUGUGAAUACGUCACCUACCCGCAAAUGUGUCUUCUUCUAUGCUUGUUUAUAGAAUGCAAUAAAGAACUGUGAUGCUUUA